UAUCAAAUAUGCCCUCAAAAGUUUUUAUCUCAACCAUCCUGGAUUCACAUUCUGUAUCUAUUCAGGAAAAUGGUCAAGAAGUCUCUCGUUGCUGGUCUGGUGGUCUUGCUUGUGGCUGCAGUGGGUUUUUUUCUGGGUGUGUAUUUGGGAAUCGGAAAUAAGAGACUCACUGUAUACUCGAACCACUUCUACUCAAAAGCAGCCGUAGCAGCAGAUGCCGGGAGGUGCUCUGAGGUUGGAAGGGACAUCUUAAAGCGCAAUGGUUCAGCGGUUGAUGCUUCCAUUGCUGCUCUGUUGUGUAUUGGGCUGUUCAAUGCACACAGCAUGGGCAUUGGAGGAGGACUGUUCUUCACCAUAUACAAUGCGUCAACAGGAAAGGUUGAGACAAUUGAUGCCAGAGAAACUGCUCCAAUGAAUGCUUCAGAGGACAUGUUUGGCAAUAACACCCAGCUGUCACGGAAAGGAGGGUUGUCCAUCGCCAUACCAGGAGAAAUCCGCGGUUACGAGAUGGCACACAAAAGACAUGGGAGACUGCCAUGGAGGGAACUGUUUGAGCCCAGUAUAGAACUGGCACGCAAUGGUUUUCCAAUUGGCAAGGCCUUGGCCAAUGCCAUUGCAAAAAACAAGGAUUCAAUUCUGAGUGACAUUACAUUGUGUGAAGUGUUUUGUGACUCAGACAAAAACCUCCUGAAGGAAAAUGAUAUCAUUAGAUUUUCCAAACUUGCUGACACCUUCGAGAAGAUAGCGGAAGAAGGGCCGGAUGUUUUUUACAAUGGAUCAAUGGCCCAGAAUAUAGUGGAUGAUAUCCAGGCUGCAGGAGGGAUCAUAACACUUGAGGACCUAAUGGAAUAUAAGCCAGUGUUGAAUGAGACCCCGCUGAAAUUAAAUGUGGGAGAGUACACCAUUUAUAUUCCUGAUGCUCCAUCCAGUGGACCUGUACUCGCUCUGAUUCUCAACAUAGUGGAUGGUUUCAACUUCUCAUACACCAGUGUCUCAACAUCAGAGAAGAGGACUCUGACUUAUCAUCGCAUUGUAGAGGCGUUUCGUUUUGCUUAUGCCAAGAGGAGUAAACUGGGAGACCCGCGUUACCUCAACAUCACUGACCUCAUCCACAACAUGACCUCAGACUACUUUGCAGACAACAUUAGGAGUAAAAUCACAGAUGACACUACUCACCCAGACAGCUACUAUGAUCCUGAGUACUUCGUCCCUGAUGACCAUGGCACAGCUCACCUGUCAGUCAUCGCAGAGGAUGGGAGUGCGGUGGCAGCCACCAGCACCAUCAACCUUUAUUUUGGCUCAAAGGUGAUGUCACGCUCAACUGGCAUUAUCUUUAAUGACGAGAUGGAUGAUUUCAGCUCUCCUUACAUUAAUGAUGGCUUUGGGGUUCCCCCUUCACCCAACAACUUCAUUCAGCCAGGUAAAAGACCACUUUCAUCGAUGAGCCCCACGAUAAUAUUUGACAAACACCACAGAGUCAAAAUGGUGGUUGGGGCCUCAGGGGGGACGAAAAUCACCACUGCAACUGCUCUGGUGAUCUUGAACUCACUGUUCUUUAAUUAUGAUCUGAAGAAAGCAGUUACAGAGCCUAGAGUCCACAACCAGCUCAACCCCAACAUGACAGUUGUGGAACAGGACUUUGAGCAGAGUGUUCUUGAUGGCCUGGCUCAGAAGAAUCAUGUAACAGAGCUGCAGAGGACACCAGGAGCAGUAGUCCAGGCCAUUGUGCGACAAGGAGACAAACUCUGCGCCGAGUCUGACCCCAGGAAAGGCGGCUAUCCUGCGGGAUAUUAAACAACACUCCCUCUCUCCCUUCUCAAUUUUUGUGGGCCUUCAAUCAUUGGUGACUCAAUCAAGAACCAGUAAAAAUGAAUAUACACAUUGUAAAGCAAUGCACCUCUCAGUCCAAACCGUCAACAUGGACCCCAAUGCACAAGGUUACACAAAGACUCCCUGUAUUUAUUAACAUUUUUUUUUUUCUUUUUGAUGGGAAAAUGUUUUAUUGGUAUCAUCAGUGCCUAACUUUCAUAUUGAACGGUCUGUGAUAUUUCCAAGCUUAUUUAUUCCUUUUGUGUGUAGAGAAAGAGGAUUGAUUAUCAGUAUGUGGGGGUCCUUUGAUACCUGAUCCCACUGUAUGGGUUUUUUGUUGUGUAAUGGAGUUCUUUGGGUUAAUGGACAUGUUAAGAGCGAUUCAAAAUGAGCAAUACAAAACGUGCCUGUGAAAGUGACAAAGUCAGGGAAUUAAUUAUAAAAUUAAUCUUAGUAAUAAAAAUAGUUCAUGUAUUUAUUUGCCAAAAAAAGAAAAAAGAAAGUCAUAUUGGAACAUGAUCUCUUUAAGAUUCUGUUUUUAUUUAUUUAUUUUCAUGGUAGACACACUGUAAUAAUAAAACACUGUUAAAAUGUGUGGAAACUCUAUUAUAUUACCAUCUAUAAGCUGAAUGUUUCACUUAAAGCUCUAACCAGUGUAAUGAUAUUUAAACAGUGAACUGGAAUGAUAAUGUUCUUAUGGUAAAAUCAUGGAAGAAUGGCAUGUACAGCUUUAGAUUACCUCACUGGACACGUUCGCCUCUGUAGGCUAUACAGCCAUUCUCUCAUGAGAUGACUUACAUAAUGUGAAAUGCUGAAUUGUUAUUGUUAUGAGUAAAUGACUUGUGUAUGUGAAAAAGACCCGAGUUCCAAUGCAGAAAAACAUGUUCACCUCAGGUCUAUUAUUAGCUAAUGUUAGUCUAAUUUUAUGUUUAAAUUACAUUAAAAGUAAUAGUUCACUCAAAAAUGAAUUUGCUGAUAAUUUGCUGUCAUUCCAUCCGAGAUGUAGAUCAGUUUGUUUGUUCAUCAGACCAGACUUGGAGAAAUGUAGCAUUACAUCACUUGCUCACAAGUAGAUCCUCUGCAGUGAAUGGGUGCUGUCAGAAUGAGAGUCCAAACAGCAGAUAAAAACAAUGAAUAAAGUGAAAUGAAAAGCUGUGUUUGUAAGGGACAAAUCCAUCAAGGUGUUUUAAAUGUAAACGUUGCUUCUGUCCAUAAUCCAAAAUCUUCAGUAAAAAAAAAGUAUAUCCUUUGUUGUCCUCUUACUUUAAAAUUCAAAUUUGUUUAUAUCUGUUUGGACUGUUUUCUCUUUGUUCACAUUUCUGUCCUGAAUCAGACAGAACAAUAUUAUGUAGAGAAGACUUGUAUUUUAGUCAGAAACAACGGUUUGA